UGCCGGGGCCGAGCUGCCUUAGGCCCCCACCGACCCCCCCGGGCCGCUUCCCACCCCCCAAAUCGCCCCCUUUUCCUCCUCGCCAGGAGCUUCCUGAACCGCGACGACAUCGGCAUCAUCCUCAUCAACCAGUGCGUGGCCGAGCUGAUCCGGCACGCCGUGGAGGCUCACACGCGCUCGCUGCCCGCCGUGCUGGAGAUCCCCUCCAAGGAGCAUCCCUACGACGCCGCCCGCGACUCCGUGCUGCGCCGCGCGCGCGGAAUGUUCACCGCCGACGACCUGCGUUAACGGGGGGGGGUCGAAAAAGGG